GUGACAACCCCUGAGGUGAUGAUGCCCAGCAGCAUGUUCCUCCCGGCAGCCGCUCCGGAGAAGGAUGGGAACUCAGGCACAGAGGAGCUGGGGAAGCAGCCUGAGAUCUCUGAGGACGCGGGGAAGAGUCUUUUGCCAUCAGACAGUGCAGAGCACAGUGGGGACACCAAGCCCACCCCGGCCGAUCCAGGCGCUGCCCGGGAGGACUCUGGCUUCCUGUGCUGGAAGAAGGGCUGCAGCCAGGUGUUCAAGAGCUCGGCAGCCCUGCAGACUCACUUCAAUGACGUCCACGCCAAGCGGCCUCAGCUGCCGGUCUCUGAUCGCCACGUGUACAAGUACCGCUGCAACCAGUGCAGCCUGGCCUUCAAAACCAUUGAGAAGCUGCAGCUCCAUUCCCAGUACCACGUCAUCCGGGCGGCCACCAUGUGCUGCCUGUGCCAGCGCAGCUUCCGCACCUUCCAGGCCCUGAAGAAGCACCUGGAAACCAGCCACCUGGAGCUGAGCGAGGCCGACAUUCAGCAGCUGUAUGGUGGUCUCUUGGUCAACGGGGACCUCCUUGCCAUGGGCGAUCCUUCGCUUGCAGAGGACCACACAAUAAUAGUCGAGGAAGAUAAGGAGGAGGAGAGUGACCUGGAAGACAAGCAGAGCCCAACAGGCAGCGAUUCGGGGUCAGUGCAGGAGGACUCCGGCUCAGAACCAAAAAGGGCCUUACCCUUCAGGAAAGGCCCUAACUUCACUAUGGAGAAAUUCCUAGAUCCAUCUCGUCCAUACAAGUGCACAGUCUGCAAGGAGUCCUUCACACAGAAGAACAUUCUCCUGGUCCAUUACAAUUCCGUUUCUCAUCUGCAUAAACUGAAACGAGCCCUCCAAGAGUCUGCUACUGGGCAGCCUGAGCCCACCAGCAGCCCAGACAACAAACCUUUCAAGUGUAACACCUGCAAUGUGGCCUACAGCCAGAGCUCAACACUGGAGAUCCACAUGAGGUCUGUCCUGCACCAGACCAAGGCUCGCGCAGCCAAGCUGGAGGCAGCAGGCGGCAGCAGUAACGGGGCUGGCAACAGCAGCAGCAGCAGCCUCUCCUUGGGCUCAUCCACGCCGAGCCCUGUAAGUGCCAGCAACAGCAACGCUUUUGUAACCACCAACACAAGCACUUCGGGCACCACUCCCAUUCCCAGCCUGCUCAACCAGGUGUCCAAUGACAGCGUGGGAAUUCCGCCCUUGGGCAACCCUGUAAGCACUAACAUCUCCUCCCCCUCAGAGCCCAAAGAGGUGAACCGCAAGAAGUUGGCAGACAUGAUUGCAUCCAGGCAGCAGCAGCAACAGCAGCAGCAGCAGCAGCAGCAGCAGCAGCAAGCUCAGACCCUGGCACCGGCCCAGGCCCAGGUCCAGGCCCACCUGCAGCAGGAGCUGCAGCAGCAAGCUGCUCUCCUGCAGUCCCAGCUCUUCAACCCAGCACUUUUGCCGCACUUUCCAAUGACCACUGAGACCCUUCUGCAGCUGCAGCAGCAGCAGCAUCUUCUGUUCCCAUUCUACAUCCCCAGUGCCGAGUUCCAGCUCAAUCCAGAAGUCAGCUUGCCUGUCACCAGUGGCGCGCUGACAUUGACUGGGACGGGUCCAAGUUUGCUGGAGGACCUGAAGGCACAAGUUCAGCUCCCUCAGCAGAGCCAUCCACAGCUCUUGCAGCAGCAGCAAGGUCAGCUGUCCUUGUCACAACCCCACUCCGUCCUGUUGCAGCAGAGCCAGCACCCGGAGAAGAAGAAUAAAUCCAUAGUGAAGGAGAAAGAUAAAGAAACCACACGAGAAAGGGAUAGCGCUGAGAGGGGAGACAAUAAUGUAACAUCGAAGGAGUCUCUGCCUGAUAACCUAAAGCCCAAAGAGAAGAAGGACUUUGUGCCAGGCAGCGGUUCGGAGCCCUCCAUACUGCCUCCACGGAUCGCCUCUGACGCGAGGGGCAACGCCACCAAAGCCUUGCUGGAAAACUUUGGCUUCGAGCUCGUCAUUCAGUACAAUGAGAACAAGCAGAAGGUGCAGAAAAAGAACGGGAAGACAGAGCAAGGUGAGAACUUGGAAAAGCUGGAGUGUGAUACAUGCGGCAAGCUCUUCUCAAACAUCCUCAUCCUGAAGAGCCACCAAGAGCACGUUCACCAACAUUACUUUCCCUUUAAGCAGUUAGAGAGAUUCGCCAAACAGUACAGAGAACACUACGACAAACUGUACCCACUGCGGCCUCAGACCCCCGAGCCACCACCACCGCCUCCGCCACCCCCUCCUCCGCUCCCUCCGGCUCCUCCUCAGCCGGCCGCUGCUCCAGCCAUCCCCACUUCUGUCCCACCAAUUACCUCUCCCACGAUUGCACCAGCCCAGCCGUCUGUGCCACUCACCCAGCUCUCCAUGCCCAUGGAGCUCCCCAUCUUCUCACCACUCAUGAUGCAAACCAUGCCCCUGCAGACGUUACCGGCGCAGCUGCCACCCCAGCUGGGCCCUGUGGACCCCCUUCCUGCCGACUUGGCCCAGCUGUACCAGCAUCAGCUUAACCCCAGCCUUCUCCAGCAGCAGCAGAACAAGAGGCCACGCACGCGGAUCACCGACGACCAGCUCAGAGUCCUUCGGCAGUAUUUUGACAUUAAUAAUUCCCCAAGUGAGGAACAGAUCAAAGAGAUGGCAGACAAGUCUGGAUUGCCCCAGAAAGUGAUCAAGCACUGGUUCAGAAACACCCUGUUCAAGGAGCGCCAGCGCAACAAGGACUCCCCGUAUAACUUCAGCAACCCUCCCAUUACCAGCCUGGAAGAGCUGAAGAUAGACUCACGACCUCCUUCUCCAGAGCCUCAAAAGCAGGAGUACUGGGGAAGCAAACGGUCCUCUCGGACACGCUUUACUGACUACCAACUCAGAGUCCUGCAGGACUUCUUUGAUGCCAAUGCUCCAACACGUGUUAUAGUGGUGUGGUUCCAGAAUGCCCGUCAGAAAGCUAGGAAAAACUAUGAGAAUCAGGGAGAAGGCAAAGACGGGGAGCGACGGGAGCUCACAAACGACAGGUACAUCAGAACAAGCAACUUGAACUACCAGUGCAAAAAGUGCAGUCUGGUCUUUCAGCGCAUUUUUGAUCUCAUUAAACACCAGAAAAAGCUUUGUUACAAAGAUGAGGAUGAGGAUGGACAGGAUGAUAGCCAGAACGAAGACUCUAUGGAUGCAAUGGAGCUCUUGACUCCAACUAGUUCCUCCUGCAGCACACCAAUGCCCUCACAAGCUUACAGCACACCUACAUCUUCAGCCAACGUGACCUCCUCAGCUUUUCUGCAGCUCACGGCAGAGGCAGACGAUUCCUCCACAUUUAGUUCUAAAGUAGAAGCUACAGAUGAGAAACCAAAGCAGUCUGAACCUCCAAGUACACAGCAAAACCAAACCCAAGAGAAGCAAGUGCAACCAAAGCAAGAGUGUCAGCAGCAACAGGACCAAGGAGAACAAAAGACAAGUUCAGCACACCAAAAGAUUUCACAGUUACCCUCCCCCUCUUCACUGCAACAGCCACCUCCUCCUCCUCAGCCCCCUCAGUGCUCCUUGUCACAGUCAAGCCCAAGUCCAUCUCAGCUCUCACACCUCUCCCUCAAACCCAUUCAUACCUCCACCCCUCAGCAGCUGGCAAACCUACCUCCUCAGCUAAUCCCAUACCAGUGUGACCAGUGUAAACUGGCAUUUCCUUCCUUUGAGCAUUGGCAGGAGCACCAGCAGCUCCACUUCCUGAGUGCACAGAACCAGUUUAUCCACCCCCCAUUCCUGGACAGAACGCUGGAUAUGCCGUUCAUGCUUUUUGAUCCCAGUAAUCCACUACUGGCGAGCCAACUGCUAUCUGGAACGUUACCACAGAUUCCAGCAAGCUCGGCCACCUCACCGUCAACUCCAACAUCCACCAUGAACACACUGAAAAGAAAGCUGGAGGAAAAGGCCAGUGCAAGCCCUGGAGAGAAUGACAGUGGGACUGGGGGAGAAGAACCCCAAAGGGAUAAACGUCUAAGGACAACCAUUACCCCUGAGCAGCUGGAAAUUCUUUACCAGAAAUAUUUGCUCGACUCUAACCCCACGCGGAAGAUGCUGGAUCACAUUGCACAUGAAGUGGGCUUGAAGAAGCGCGUGGUGCAGGUUUGGUUCCAGAACACCCGUGCACGGGAGAGGAAGGGACAGUUCAGGGCUGUGGGGCCAGCCCAGGCCCACAGACGGUGUCCCUUCUGCCGGGCUCUCUUCAAAGCAAAGACAGCUCUGGAAGCUCAUAUCCGAUCCCGUCACUGGCAUGAGGCCAAACGAGCUGGGUACAACCUGACGCUGUCUGCUAUGCUUCUAGACUGCGAUGGGGGACUCCAGAUGAAGGGAGACAUCUUUGAUGGAGCCAGCUUUUCCCAUAUGCCACCAACCAGCAGCGACGGACAGAGCGUUCCUCUCUCCCCAGUGAACAAGAGCAUGGAACUGUCACCUCGAACUCUGCUGAGUCCAUCCUCCAUUAAGGUGGAAGGGAUUGAAGACUUCGAGAGUCCCUCCAUGUCCUCGGUCAAUCUGAGCUUUGACCAGACAAAGCUGGACAAUGACGACUGCUCUUCCGUCAACACUGCAAUCACAGACACUACCACAGGAGACGAAGGGAACGCAGACAAUGACAGCGCAACAGGAAUUGCAACCGAAACCAAAUCCACAUCGGGACCCAGUGAAGGUCUGACAAAAGCUGCCAUGAUAGCAAUGUCUGAAUAUGAAGAUCGGCUGUCUUCUGGCCUGGUCAGCCCAGCUCCCAGCUUUUACAGCAAAGAGUACGACAACGAAGGUACCGUGGACUACAGUGAAACCUCCAGCCUUGCAGACCCCUGCUCGCCCAGCCCCGGUGCAAGUGGUUCAGCCAGCAAGUCUGGCGAGAGCGGGGACCGGCCUGGACAGAAACGCUUUCGCACUCAGAUGACUAAUCUCCAGCUCAAGGUUCUUAAGUCAUGCUUUAAUGACUACAGGACACCGACCAUGCUGGAGUGUGAGGUCCUGGGCAAUGACAUUGGACUGCCAAAGAGAGUUGUUCAGGUCUGGUUCCAGAAUGCGAGGGCAAAGGAGAAGAAGUCCAAACUCAGCAUGGCCAAGCAUUUUGGUAUAAACCAAACAAGUUACGAGGGACCCAAAACAGAGUGCACUUUGUGUGGCAUCAAGUACAGCGCUCGGCUGUCUGUACGUGACCAUAUCUUCUCUCAACAGCAUAUCUCCAAAGUUAAAGAAACCAUUGGAAGCCAGCUGGAUAAGGAAAAGGAGUAUUUCGACCCAGCUACUGUACGUCAGUUGAUGGCUCAGCAGGAGCUGGACCGGAUCAAAAAAGCCAAUGAGGUUCUUGGUCUGGCAGCUCAACAGCAGGGCAUGUUUGACAACACCCCCUUGCAAGCUCUGAACCUUCCUGCUGCGUACCCAGCACUACAGGGCAUCCCUCCAGUCUUGCUCCCAGGCCUCAACAGCCCGUCCUUACCCGGCUUCACUCCAUCCAACACAGCUUUAACUUCUCCCAAACCCAACCUGAUGGGCCUGCCCAGCACAAGCGUCCCUUCGCCCGGUC